AACACGAGAAGAGUCGCUUUCAGAGGAGCAAGUACCAACAUGCCCAGAUUGCGGGACUUCCAAGCAGAUUGUAACAAUAUAUAAAAGUCGGAAAUUGAUCUUUAGCCACAGAGCUGUCGGGCGGCAAUGCAGCGACGAUGCGUUAUAUUCAACAACGGGCUCUCUAGUGGAAUUUCUGCAGAAACGUGUAAAGUUGAGCUAAACGAUUAAAUGAAGGCGUUUUAUUCUGUGUUUAGUGGGCGCACAGCGGUUUUGCGCGUUUGCUUGCAAUGUUCGCUCGUUAACGCUACGCGAAAACAUCAGUGAACGCUUCGCCGAUUCUGAUUAACGUUUAAUUUUGGGUUUCACACCAACCUUUAUUCAGAAUGAACCAGUGUAAAGUCAUGAAGGAUGGUUAUCUGGAGAAGAGGAGUAAUGGACUUCUGCAGCUGUGGAAGAAGAAGCGUUGCGUUCUGUCAGAGGAAGGACUCCGUCUGUACGACUGUAAAGGCGAGAGCAGCAAAGAGAUGCGCUUCGAGCUGAUGACCACGCUGGACUGUGUGGAGUACAAACGGGGUCUGGUGUACUUCACCAUCGUGAUGAACGGCGGGAAGGAGAUUGACUUCAGGUGCCAGCAGGAGGGAAUGGCGUGGAACGCGGAGAUCGCGCUCGCGCUGGUGCGCUUCAAAAACCGCGUCGCCGUUCAGACCGGCAGGAACAGACAUUUGUCACAUCUGGGCAGCUGCGGGGAGGGAGACGUCGAGCUUUGAGGCCCAAACACAGCACUGGAUCCAGAAGAGAAAGAGA